UCCUCUCUGACCUCUGCCUUUAAUUUCUGUCUGCUGGCAAACCCAAUGGCGACCCACUUGCUGGGAAGAUCCAGAACCGUAAUUCACCGCUUUCCCAAAAGGACUACGGCCUUGCUCGCUGCUCUUACCCACUCUUCAUCUCCUUCUUCAUCGGCGACGUCACUUGUUGGGUGCGGUUACAGAGCACCUCCGUCGUCGCAGGGCAAUACAAGCUUGGGCACACUUUUCCCCUUCCGGCGUCAUGAAUCCACCAAAGCUCAUAUCCAAUUACCACAGCCCCAUGUCGCCGAAGACGAUGACGCGCAGCUGCGUGAGGCUAUUGAUUUUCCUGGAGGCAAAGUUGAAUUCACUUCGGAAAUGAGAUUCAUUCCCGAGUCUGCUGAGAAACGAGUGCCUUGCUAUCGAGUUCUUGAUGACGAUGGGGUGCCCAUGCCAGACAGCAAUUAUGCACAGGUCAGCAAGGAGAUGGCUGUAAAGAUGUACUCCGACAUGGUUACUCUUCAAAUCAUGGACAAUGUAUUCUACGAAGUCCAGAGGCAAGGAAGAAUCUCCUUCUACCUCACCUCAUUAGGAGAAGAAGCUGUUAACAUUGCUUCUGCAGCUGCACUUUCUGCCGAUGAUGUUAUAUUGCCUCAGUACCGAGAGCCAGGAGUUCUACUGUGGCGUGGCUUUACACUGCAAGAGUUUGCGAACCAGUUAAUGGGAAACGAAGGUGAUUUUGGAAAAGGAAAGCAGAUGCCUAUACACUAUGGAUCUAACAAGCACAAUUACUUCACUGUCUCAUCCCCCAUCGCAACACAGCUUCCUCAAGCGGCGGGCGUUGGCUACGCCCUUAAAAUGGUGGGGAAAAAAGCAUGCGCUGUCACUUAUUUCGGGGAUGGCGGCUCCAGUGAGGGAGAUUUCCAUGCUGGUCUGAAUUUUGCAGCAGUGAUGGAAGCUCCUGUUAUAUUUUUCUGUCGCAACAACGGAUGGGCCAUCAGUACCCCGAUAGAAGAACAAUUUCGAAGUGAUGGAGUUGUCGUUAAAGGCCGAGCAUACGGGAUCCGAAGUAUCAGAGUGGAUGGAAAUGAUGCGCUAGCUGUUUAUAGUGCAGUUCACGCUGCUCGUGAAAUGGCUGUGAAUGAAAAUAGACCAGUUUUAAUUGAGGCACUCACGUACAGAGCAGGACACCACUCAACAUCGGACGACUCAACCAAGUAUCGGCCAAUUGAUGAGAUUGAGUAUUGGAAAAUGGCACGAAACCCUGUAAAUAGAUUCAAAAGAUGGGUAGAGAGCAAUGGUUGGUGGGGCGACGAGGAUGAAAUAGAGCUUCGAGAAAGUGUCAAGAAGCAGUUAGUGCAAGCGAUUCAAGUAGCAGAGAAAGCACAGAAACCUGCUCUCGGGGAGCUUUUCAAAGAUGUGUAUGAUCAAGUACCGUCGAAUCUUCAGGGGCAGGAGAGACAACUUAGAGAAGCCAUUAAGAACCAUCCAGGAGACUACCCUUCUGAUGUUCCUCUGUAAAUCUUACCAACUCAUAAAUCAAAUAAGAAUAAACAAGCAUGGCCUUUAAUUCAUACCACAUCCAUCUUCCAUCCCAUGGAAUGAGCCGUAGAGUCGUAUAUUGCUUAGCGUAGGAAUAAAAUUCUAAGACGUCGGCCACUGGGGCUACAGAUGUGAAUAUAUUAAAAUAUGUUACCAUCAUAUAAUAAUUGUCAUAAAAUUCAGCAGGGAGUUGUUGAAGUCGUA